AUGAUAAAACUUCUAUUAAUAAUCGCCUUGAUCGGAUGUAUCGAUUCCCAACUUUUACCAAGUCAAGAAAUAGAGAAUCGCAUAGUCGGUGGAGUGGCAGUCGAUAUAGGAAAUUUUCCUUGGCAGGUAUCAGUUCAAUGGAAUGAUAGUCAUUUUUGUGGUGGCUCUAUCAUCCAUCAAAGCUGGAUAUUAACAGCUGCACAUUGUCUGCACAAAUAUGAAAAUGACGAACUGCGCGACAACCUUAAAAUUCGUUAUGGAACAAACUACUGGCCAUUAGGCAAUGUUAAUAUUGUAGAAAAAUUUAUUAUUCAUCCAAAUUUCAGCUAUGAUACAACUAUUAACGACGUCGCCCUUCUUAAGCUGAAAACACCAAUUACCUUCACAAAUAGCAUUCACAAAAUAUCAUUGGCAGAAGAAGGUCAAGAUCCUGCACCUUAUUCACCUGCGAUUGUUACAGGCUGGGGCGUUACAGUGGAAGAUGCUGAUAAAGCUUCGCUGAUUUUACUUGGAGCUGUAGUUCCAAUCGUAAAUCGAAAUGAAUGCAGAAGAAUGGACUUUGAAUUGUACUCUAUGGUUAAUUCAGACAUGAUCUGUGCUGGAUAUAUUGAUGGAGGAGUCAGUGCGUGCCAAGGUGAUAGUGGUGGUCCAUUAAUUAACAUAGAUAAUAAACAAAUAGGAAUUGUUUCAUGGGCACAUGGAUGUGCAAGGAAACUUGCUCCUAGUCGCAUACGAACAGGUAAUAUUAAGAUGAAGAAACUGCCAAUAUUAAUCGCCUUGAUCGGAUGCGUUCUUUCUGAAGAAAUAGAGGAUCGCAUUGUCGGCGGAACGGCAGUCGAUAUAAGAGGUUUUCCUUGGCAGGUAUCAAUUCAAACCGAAAAUCGUCAUUUUUGUGGUGGUUCUAUUAUCGAUAAAAGCUGGAUAUUAACUGCCGCACAUUGUGUACACCGAUAUGAAGAUGUCGAACUGGACGACUUCCUUAAAAUUCGUUAUGGAACUAACAACUGGCAAUUCGGCAGCGUUAAUAUAGUAGAAAAAGUAUUUGUUCAUCCAGAUUACAACCGAACGACUCUAGACUGUGACGCGGCCCUUCUUAAGCUGAAAACCCCAAUUACCUUCUCAAAUAGCGUUCACAAAAUAACGUUGGCCAAAGAAGGUCAAGAUCCUGCACCUUAUUCACCUGCGAUUGUUACCGGCUGGGGCGUUACAUCGGAAGAUGCUGCUAGUGUUUCGCGGCUUUUACAAGGAGCUGUAGUUCCAAUCGUAAACAGGCAUGAAUGCAAAAAUGCAGACCCUGAAUUUUUCUCUGAUGUAAAUCAAAAGUAA